UUAGGAGCCGUUGAUGUGGACGUGAGCGGCCAUUGAGGGUGGCCAGGUUGCCGGUGAGCCCCUCCCCCCUAUGCUCGGUGUGCGGGCUGAGCUUCGAGGAGCUGAGCUUCGAUGGAGGACCACAUGACGGGGCUCAACAAGGAGAAGCAUUAUGAGUGUGACGUGUGUGGCAAGGCCUGUCAGUACCCGAGCAAGCUGGAGAUCCACCGGCGGGUGCACACGGGCGAGAAACCCUAUAGCUGCUCCACCUGCGGCAAGAACUUUGUCCAGUCGUCGGGGCUGCAGGUGCACCGGCGGGUGCACAGCAGUGAGCGGCCCUUCACCUGCUCCGAUUGCGGCAAAGGCUUCAAGUCUGCAACAGCGCUGAAGAAGCACAGGCGUGUGCAUACCAGCGACCGUUCCUUCAACUGCGCCCAGUGUGGCAAGGAAUUCACCCGCUCUGCAAGCCUGCUGUUGCACCAGCGCACCCACACCGGCGAGCGCCCCUACACCUGCAUCCAGUGCGGCAAGGGCUUCACCCAGUCUAGUCACCUGCUGUUGCACCAGCGCACCCACACCGGCGAGCGCCCCUGCACCUGCGCCCAGUGCGGCAAGGGCUUCAUCUGCUCCGCCAGCCUGUUGUUGCACCAGCGCACCCACACCGGCGAGCGCCCCUACACCUGCGCGCAGUGCGGCAAGGGCUUCACCUCCUCCAGCAAGCUGCUGGAGCACCAGCACACCCAUACUGGCGAGCAUCCCCACAACUGCAUCCAGUGCGGCAAGGGCUUCACCCAGUCCAGCAAACUACUGGUGCACCAGCGCACCCACACUGGCGAGCGUCCCUACACCUGCGCCCAGUGCGGCAAGCGCUUCACCCAGUCCAGCAACCUACGGGUGCACCAGCGCACCCACACUGGCGAGCGCCCCUACACCUGCGCCCAGUGCAACAAGGGCUUCACCCGCUCCAGUCACCUACUGGUGCACCAGCGUACCCACACCGGCGAGCGUCCCUACACAUGCGCCCAGUGCGGCAAGGGCUUCAUCUGCUCCACCCGGCUGCUGUCCCACCAGCGGGUGCACGCCGACGACCGUCCCGUCCCCAGCCCGGUGUGUGUAGAGUCCUUUGCCAUGGCCUCCCGUGCCCCGUCUAACCAGUGUGUGCACACCAGUGGUCAGCCCUACGACUGCCCGUACUGCGGUGAGGAGUUUGACAGCUCGCGGGGGUUGCGGCAGCACCGGCGGACCCACGCCGUCGAGCAGCUGCUCCCACUGUGACAAGAGAGC